AUGCAUACAAAUGUAAUCUUGCCAAUAUUAUUGCUCUUGGGGCUAUAUGCAGCACAAGCUCAAGGAGAGCUGUCCGGUUUGUUGGGCGCUUUGAAAUAUCUGGGUCUCAAUAUCCAUUCGAAUGGAUCAGGAUCCGUUCCCGUAGGGAAUGCCUCCAUUGGGCAGUGUCAUUACAGCUUUCAGUCGUACGCAUUGAUGCAGGAGCGACACAUUUGCGUGCCGGACGAUGAGUAUAUAAUACAUCUAGCGGAGCAGCCGCAACCACGAAAACCUCCAAUUUUGAUAAAGUGCCUGCAGCCAGAUCCAUUGCCGGAAACGGGCAAUUUGAGCGCACCUAUGCCUAAGCUGCUAAUCAUGCAGAGUGCCAAAGAGAUUGUCAAUCUACUGAAGCCAAUUGGUAAUGCAACCAAGCGUCACGAGCCGGGCAGCUGUGUUCUAGUGCACUUUUGCACAAACACUAGCCUCGAGUGCGCUCGCGUGGCGACUCUGGUCAAUCUGCUGCCACACUUGUUACCCACACUGCCAGUGGCCUAUAUCGACGCGUAUGAGUUUACGCGCUUCAAUGCAGAGUUCGGCAUCGUUGCACUGCCAACGCUGAUGAUAUUCCAUCAGGGAAGACCCCUCAUCAAGUAUGAUCCGCCCAGUCACGACAAGGUGAGUGUGCGCGGCUUUAUAAAGCGGCACACAAACAUAAGGACCGUAGACCCUAAGAGCUUGCAUCCCUUCAUCCACACGAUGAUUCAGUGGGGACCACUGUCAUCGGUUCCGACAAAGAAAACAGAUUUCUAUCUAAUCCUGGCCUGGGCCUUCAUACUGCUCUGCUUGGGCAACUAUGUGCGACGCACACUCUUUUGGAAGCAGCUUGUGGAAAUGGUUCAGCGCAAUUGGCGCGAAUCGGAGGAAACCCAGAUGGAGAUGAUCGACUAAACUUGGUUACAAACUUUAUGAUUUAGAACUUGUAUAUAUUUUCUUUACGCUUUAAAUUUACUAUGUAUGUAU